UAAAACAUCCGCUCCGACUGACACUUGAACAGUACAGCUGAUAAUAGAACGGGGUCGAUAAAAUUUAGUACAAGCUUAGAGGCAGUUAAUACGGAACUCGUUUUACGUGUGUAAACGACUUAGUGGCCAAAUUUUGACCUGUAAAAAUGGAUUCGAGUAAUAUUUUAGGAACAGCAGGACUGACGUGCGCCCUUAAAGAAGCCGAGUCAACUGAUACCGAAUUCGAAACAGCUCUAAAUCAUUGUCUGGAUAACCUAAUCAGUGACGAGUCGCUUCAACAGCCAAAAGAUUCAAAAGUAAGAGUAAUGUAUGUAGGACUUUGCGCCUUCUUUUUAGAAGCGGCAAAGCAGGCAUUAAACGACGCUGAUUUUUUGCUGAGUCUUCAAGAAGCUACCGGAGUUGUCGAUUCAAAGCGAAUCCUCAUUCUCGCCACGGCUUUUAAAGAGCACUUUUCUGAAAUACGACAUCGAUUGGAAGAGCUUGGCGUAUCGGGUCCUGCCUUGACGGAUUCAUUAGCUUCUCUUACGUGCCGUUUGACCUCGACAGAGGUCGAGAAGUUGGGCGAAGCGGAAUGUGUGGUCAAAUUGAAAACGACACUACCCGAAAACGACGUCCAGUUCAGCUGCUCACUUCUACAACUAGAAGAUCUCGUUUGGACGUUACGACAAGCUAGCAAAAUCGUUGAGCAUCAUGCUCAAUAAUAUCGAUCGAAUUCUGAAACGUUCGUAGAUCACAGACUGUUUAUGUUGGAUAUAUGAAAAAUAUUGUAUAAGUGGCUGCAUUUGAAGCUCCACAACGGCAUGAGAACUUACAAGUAUGAUGUGAAAUAAAGCCUUAGAAACCUGUGU